UUUCCUAGGUCAAGUCCUACCUGAGACGCGCCAGGAUAGACGUAGCGGAACUAAAGCCGAAGAACGAAACCGACGGGAGCACAAAAACAAACAAAAUUGCUUAGCGCUUAGCGUCCAACAAACGAACGAGUGAAAACAUCCAAGAUUCUACAAUGGCUUACUACGGGCCAUCAGCCGGCAUGUGGGGCCAGGGAAUGAGCAACAUGACAGUUGUCGAUAAGGUCCCACCGGAGCUCGUUCAUCUUGUGGAUCCUCACUGGCAGCAGUUUCCUCCGAUGAAUCCUCUGUGGCAUUCGAUCAUUGGAUUCGUCAUCUUCGUACUUGGUGUUAUCUCCGUAUGUGGCAACGGCAUGGUAAUCUACAUCUUCUCAACGGAGAAAGGACUGCGAACGCCAUCCAAUUUGUUCAUAGUGAAUCUCGCCCUAUCCGACUUCUUGAUGAUGAGUACGAACGCCUUCACAAUGGUAUACAACUGCUGGAAUGAGACCUGGUCACUGGGACUACUCAUGUGUGAUUUGUAUGCUUUCUUCGGAUCACUGUUUGGAUGUUGCUCUAUUUGGAGUAUGACUUUCAUUGCCUUGGAUCGCUACAACGUGAUAGUCAAAGGUUUAUCCGGAAAACCAUUGACUAACACCGGAGCAAUUAUUCGAAUCCUGAUCUGCUGGAUGAUUGGAGUUGUUUGGGGAAUCCUACCAAUGCUCGGCUGGAAUAGAUACGUUCCCGAGGGCAACAUGACCGCCUGUGGUACGGAUUACCUGACCGACGACUGGUUCCAUAAGUCGUACAUUUUGUUCUACUCGCUUUUCGUUUACUACGUUCCGCUAUUCACCAUCAUCUACUCAUAUUUCUUCAUUGUCAAGUGCGUAUCAGAACAUGAAAAGAACAUGCGUGAACAGGCAAAGAAAAUGAACACCAAGUCACUUCGCUCCGGCAGCGAUGAUGGCAAAUCGGCUGAAAUGAAACUAGCAAAAAUCGCCCUGGUAACUAUCUCCCUCUGGUUUAUGGCUUGGACGCCAUACACCAUUAUCAACUACACUGGAGUAUUCAAGACGGCCAACAUUUCUCCGCUUGCUACUAUUUGGGGUUCAGUAUUUGCCAAGGCCAACGCGGUCUACAAUCCAAUCGUGUACGGCAUCAGCCACCCGAAAUACAAAGCCGCUCUAGCCAAGCGCUUCCCGGCACUUUCUUGCAACGAUCCACCUCAACCUGCCGGAGACAACAACUCAGUUGCCUCGGAUACUUCCGCUGUCACAUCAAACGAAUCCGCCAACGCCUGAGACAAGAUGAUAACACUGGAGUAGUGCGACCUAGCCGGAAACCCUUCAAGCAUUCCCAAACAAAUUCAGUCAUAUACGAUUCCGGAUCAAACCUUCACUGGGUUCAAUCCGUAUGACAUAUUGUGCUGCUAUUCUUAUGUAAACACAGAUAACAGAUACAACAACCGAACCGAAAAUAUAGUAUCCUUAUCUUGCAA